AUGUCCGCCCGCAUCGAUAGUGUUCGCGUCUAUCGGCCAUUCUGGUGGUGCAUGCGUCUCAUGGCGCCCACCUACUUUGGGGCCACGCAACGUCCUGCAAGGAUCUACAUGGUGGCAGUGCAUCUGCUCGUCACCUUGAUGUUUCCGGUGCACUUGCUGGUGAAUCUCGCGCUGCAGCCCACCUCCGCUGAGCUCUUUCAGAACCUCUCCAUUUCGAUGACUUGUGCCGCGUGCAGCCUCAAGCAUGUGGCACAAAUUUAUCAGCUGCACGACAUGCUGGAAAUCGAGCAGCUGCUCAUCGAACUGGAUGGCUAUGUGGAGGCUGAGGCGGAGCAGCAUCGCUACUAUCAGGAUCACCUGCAGCGCCAGGCGAGGCGCUUCACGCGCUGCCUCUAUGCCAGCUUUGGCGUCAUCUAUGCGCUCUUUCUGCUCAAUGUCCUGAUACUGAUUGUCUCCGCGGAUCGGGAGCUGCUUUAUCCCGCUUACUUUCCCUUCGAUUGGCGUGGCAAUGGCUAUCUGUAUGCCUUGGCUCUCGGUUAUCAGAGUGUUGGCAUUUUGCUGGAGGGCUUUCAGGGCAUAUCCAAUGACAGUUAUGGCCCGCUGACGCUUUGCUUUUUGGGCGGACAUGUACACCUUUGGGCGCUGCGCAUGCGAAAAUUGGGCCAUGAAGGGACUGCCUUGGCUGCUAAGAAUCACCAGCAGCUCUGGGCUUACAUAGAACAGCAUAAAGUGCUCAUGAGACUCCACUACCUCACACGCCACAGCAUAAGCGUCGUGCAGCUCGUUCAGCUCGGCAGCUCGGGUGCCAGUCUCUGCCUGAUUGUCUCCUAUGUCCUGUUUUAUGUCAGGGACAUCAUCACGGUGCUCUACUACAUGAUAUUCCUGGCUGUCAUCUGCGUGCAACUCUUUCCCAGCUGCUACUUUGCGAGUGUCGUGGCCGAAGAGAUCUCCAGCCUGCCCUACGCCAUAUUCUCCAGCAAAUGGUAUGAGGCAUCGUCGGAGCAUCGACGGGACUUACUCAUCUUCACGCAACUCACGUUGGGCGGCAGGAGUCGUGUGAUUAAGGCCGGUGGCCUCAUUGAACUCAAUUUGAAUGCCUUUUAUGCCACCCUGAAGACGGCCUACUCCCUCUUUGCGCUCGUUCUGCAGGUGAAAGAUAUCUAG